AUGCUGGAAGCAGAUCUGGUUUCAAAGAUGCUGCGGGCUGUUCUACAGUCUCACAAGAAUGGAAUAGCUUUGCCCCGGCUCCAAGGAGAGUACCGAUCGCUGACUGGAGACUGGAUCCCGUUCAAGCAGCUAGGUCACCCUACACUGGAGGCCUACCUACGGAGUGUGCCAGCAGUCGCCAGGGUAGAGACCAGUCGAUCUGGAGAGAUAACCUGCUAUGCCGUGGCGUGCACAGAAACGGCACGCAUCGCCCAGCUGGUGGCUCGCCAGAGGAGUUCUAAAAGGAAAGCGGGGCGGCAAGUUAAUUGCCAAAUGAGAGUGAAGAAAACCAUGCCGUUUUUCCUAGAAGGAAAGCCCAAAGCAACCCUCAGGCAGCCAGGAUUCUCAUCAGAUUUUCCCAUCAGCAAGAAGCCUACUCCACCACUGUUGAGAGAGAAAGGAACCGCUCUUGGAGUGAAGUCGGGUGCUGAAAUGCCUCCUUACCCAUUCCACACAACGGUCGGCAGUGAGAUAUUCAGCAGUGCCCCGGCGCAGAGACACGUGGUCUUGCCCACCACCAACAGGUUUAGUCCAAAGACAUCUCUUCCACCAGCGUUUCAGAUGCAUCUGUCAAGAACUUGUGCUAUGGACAGGAGCGAUAAUUUAAAUCAGACUGUUGAAAAACCAAAUAUCGCCCCACCUGCCUCUUACCCUUAUAAAAUGGAUGAGGUGCAAAACCGCAUCAAGGAAAUAUUGAGCAAGCAUAACAAUGGCAUUUGGAUAUCUAAACUGCCACAGUUUUACAAAGAGCUAUAUAAAGAAGAACUUAACCGAGGAGUGUUACAGCAAUUUGAACACUGGCCUCACAUUUGCACGGUGGAGAAACCGUGCAGUGGUGGUCAAGAUUUGCUGCUUUACCCCGCUAAGAGACCACAGCUUUUGAGAAGUGAAACGGACCAUGAAAAAGUGCCUCCACUCCCGAUACCUGCUGAAAAGCCAAAGCCUCCAUCCGAAGAGCAUCCGCCGGUUAUGCCCGGAGACUUGAAAGAGAAAGUGGCCAGGCUGCUGGAGAAAUACAGGAGCGGCCUUUGGGCCAGCGCUCUCCCAAAAGCCUUUGAGGACAUGCACAAGGUCAAGUUCCCCGAGGAUGGCUUAAACAACCUGGCCUCGCUCUCUGAUGUGUGCACCAUAGACUACGUUUCUGGAAAUCCCCAGAAGGCCAUUCUCUAUGCUAAACUUCCAGCGGCCACGGACAAAAGCCUCCGUGAUGCAGGGCAAGGCCAGGGCGACUGUGAUAUCAAGUGCAUGAUCAAACAGGAGUAUUUGCAGAUUGAAGAGAGCCUGGGGAAAGCCAGCGUUGCUGAAAGUGAGGAUGUCUUCCUGGGGCAUGCUGCAGUCCCCCCGCUGACCAUUCCCACCGAGCCCUCGCCGUCCGUACUGGUGGUUGAGCUGAACAACACGAAUGAAGUGGUUAUCAGGUAUGUGGGCAAGGACUACUCUGCCGCUCAAGAGCUGAUGGAAGACGAGAUGAAGGAGCACUACAGCAAGAGCCCCGGGGUCGCACCUGUCCAGGCUGUGCACGUGGGGCAGUUGCUGGCAGUGAAGGUCGAGGAGGAUGCUUGGUUACGGGCACAGAUCAUCUCAGUAGACGGCAGCAGAAUAAAGGUAUGCUAUGUUGACUAUGGUUUUAGUGAAAAUGUUGAACGGAACAAAGCAUACAAGUUGAAUCCUAAGUUCUGUGCACUUUCAUUCCAAGCGGCCAAGUGCAAGCUGGCAGGAUUGGAGUUUCUGAGUGAUGACCCUGACUUAGUGAAAGUGGUGGAAUCUGUGACCUGUGGGAAGAUCUUUGCGGUGGAAAUCCUUGACAAAGCUGAGGUGCCCCUCGUGGUUCUGUAUGACACCUCCGGGGAAGACGACAUCAACGUCAACGCCACCUGCUUAAAGGCCAUCUGUGACAGGUCCCUGGAAGCUCACCUUCAGGUUGAUGCCAUGUACACAAAUGUCAAAGUGACCAAUAUUUGCUCCGAUGGAACACUCUACUGCCAGGUGCCCUGCAAGGGUCUGAACAAACUCAGCGACCUUCUACAUAAGAUAGAAGACUACUUCCAUUGUAAGCACGUGACUUCGGAGUACUUCAUCCCCAUCCCCUUCUGCGGGAAAAUCUGUCUCUUCCAUUGCAAAGGGAAAUGGGCACGCGUAGAGAUCACAAACGUCCACAGUAGCCGGGCUCUCGAUGUCCAGUUCCUGGACUCCGGCACUGUGACAUCUGUGAAGGUGUCGGAGCUCCGGGAAAUCCCCCCGAGGUUCCUACCAGAGAUGAUCUCUGUCCCACCUCAGGCGGUCAAGUGCUGUUUAGCAGACCUCCCACAGUCCAUCGGCAUGUGGACCCCCGAUGCUGUGCUCUGGCUGAGAGAUUCCGUUCUGAAUUGCUCGGACUGCAGCAUUAAGGUGACAAAAGUGGAUGAAACCCGAGGGAUCGCACAUAUUUAUCUAUUCACUCCCAAGAACUUCCCCGACCCUCACCGCAGCAUCAAUCGGCAGAUCACCAACGCAGACCUGUGGAAGCAUCAGAAGGAUGUGUUCCUCAGCACCUCACCCAGUGGGGCCGGCUCGCCCAACAGCAAAAGUGGCAGCUCCCCCGGGGAGGGCCCCUCCGGGGAGAGUUUGAGGAAGACACCUGUGGAGGUCGUCAGAAAGGCGGUGGUGGACCACCCCCACCUCUUCCCUGUGGAGGAACUGCCGCCUCCUGUCCAACUGUCGAAGCCAGGGGAGCACAUGGAUGUGUACGUGCCCGUGGCCUGCCACCCCGGCUUCUUUGUCAUCCAGCCGUGGCAGGAGAUCCAUAAGCUGGAGGUUCUGAUGGAGGAGAUGAUUCUCCACUACAGCGUGUCUGAGGAGCGCCACGUGGCCUUGGAGAAAGACCAAGUGUAUGCUGCAAAAGUGGAAAACAAGUGGCAUAGGGUACUCUUAAAAGGCAUCCUGACCAAUGGCCUGGUAUCCGUUUACGAGCUGGACUACGGCAAGCACGAAUUAGUCAACAUGAGAAAAGUGCAGCCGCUGGUGGACAUGUUCCGGAAGCUGCCCUUCCAAGCGAUCACAGCUCAGCUCGCUGGUGUCAGGCAGCUCCAGUGGUCAACGGAAGCUUCGAUGGUGUUUCGCAAUCACGUGGAGAAGAAACCACUGGUGGCCCUGGUGCAGUCAGUUACUGAGAACGCUAACCCUUGGGACCGGAAAGUAGUGGUCUAUUUGGUAGACACAUCGCUGCCAGACACGGAUAUCUGGAUCCAUGACUUCAUGGCAGAGUAUCUGGUAGAGCUUUCAAAAGUUAAUUAAUCACUGCUUCUGAGAAACCUUGACAACUGAUUUAAAAAAAUCAUUAUUGUAUUUUUUUAGCAAUAACAAAAUAUAGUAGACUUAAAUAUAUAUAUAUUUAUAUCAUCUCCGCUACAUGGUUCUGACUCUUGUAGGGGAUUGCAAAGAAUAUGCUUAUGUUUGAUGACAGAGGGUUUAACAAGUUUUGCUUUAACUGUUAACUUUUCCACAAAAAAUGCCUCUUGAAUUAUUACUGUAAUAUUAAAAUAA